GGUCGGGCUGCGGCGGGGGGUAUUUUGAUUGGCUGAGGGUGGAGUUUGUAUCUGCAGGUUUAGCGCCACUCUGCUGGCUUCGGCUGCGGAAAAUUUGCGGCUUCAGGUGGGCUCACGCGCUGUUAGACAAAAUGCUGAUCCAGUGAAAGUGAUCUUAUGAAAAGCCCAACCCAGAAGAACCAGAAGUGGACUAUUAGGAUUUUAAUUUUUGCAGAGCACGCUUGACCUGGAUUUUUUCUUUUCUUUUUUGUCACUGUAAUAUGUCCAUUCUUGACUCUUGAACUUCAAGCCUUGUUCUUUGAAAUUCACCUUAUUUUUGGACACUUAACUUUUUGAAGUCGUGAUGUCUCGAGAGACGGAUGCAGAGAGUCAACAGUCCCACAGCAGCACCUCCCCUCAGGCUCACACCAGUGGUGUCUCUUCACAGUCCCAAGUCCUCUCCCCACAAUCCCACGGGUCCUCACAGUCCCAAGGCACAUCCAGCUCUUCUACCAGCACGGCACCCACCUCCAGCCAGUCCUCUCACUCCAGCUCUGGGACGCUAAGCUCCUUAGAGACAGUGUCCACUCAGGAACUCUAUUCUAUUCCCGAGGACCAAGAACCUGAGGAACCUGCCCCUGCCCCUUGGGCUCGAUUAUGGGCCCUUCAGGAUGGGUUCACCAAUCUUGAGUGUGUUAAUGACAGCUACUGGUUUGGGAGGGAUAAAAGCUGUGACUAUUGUUUUGAUGAACCACUGCUGAAAACGACAAAUAAAUACCGGACGUAUAGCAAGAAGCACUUCCGGAUUUUCAGGGAAAUGGGUCCUAAAAACUCUUACAUCGCCUACCUAGAGGAUCACAGUGGGAAUGGAACCUUUGUAAACACAGAACUUGUAGGGAAAGGAAAACGCCGUCCUUUGAGUAACAAUUCUGAAAUUGCUCUUUCACUAUGUAGAAAUAAAGUUUUUGUAUUUUUGGAUCUGACUGUAGAUGAUCAGUCAGUUUAUCCUAAGGAAUUAAGAGAUGAGUACAUCAUGUCAAAAACUCUUGGAAGUGGUGCUUGUGGAGAGGUAAAACUGGCUUUUGAGAGGAAAACAUGUAAGAAAGUCGCCAUAAAGAUCAUCAGCAAAAGGAAAUUUGCUAUUGGCUCUUCGAGAGAGGCAGAUCCAGCUCUCAAUGUUGAAACUGAAAUAGAAAUCUUGAAAAAACUAAAUCAUCCUUGCAUCAUCAAGAUUAAAAACUUUUUUGAUGCAGAAGAUUAUUACAUUGUUUUGGAAUUGAUGGAAGGAGGAGAGCUCUUUGACAGGGUGGUGGGGAAUAAACGGCUGAAAGAAGCUACCUGCAAACUCUAUUUUUACCAGAUGCUCUUGGCUGUACAGUACCUUCACGAAAAUGGCAUUAUACAUCGGGAUUUAAAGCCAGAGAAUGUUCUACUGUCAUCUCAAGAAGAGGACUGUCUUAUAAAGAUUACUGAUUUUGGGCAGUCCAAGAUUUUGGGGGAGACCUCUCUCAUGAGAACUUUAUGUGGUACCCCCACUUACUUGGCUCCCGAGGUUCUUCUUUCCAUUGGAACUGCCGGGUAUAACCGUGCUGUGGACUGCUGGAGUUUAGGAGUUAUUCUUUUUAUCUGCCUUAGUGGGUAUCCACCUUUCUCUGAGCAUAAGACUCAAGUGUCACUGAAGGAUCAGAUCACCAGUGGAAAAUACAACUUCAUUCCCGAAGUCUGGGCAGAUGUUUCAGAGAAGGCUCUGGAUCUCGUCAAGAAGUUGUUGGUUGUGGAUCCAAAGGCACGGUUUACGACAGAAGAAGCCUUAAGUCACCCGUGGCUUCAGGAUGAGGACAUGAAGAGAAAGUUUCAGGAGCUAUUGGCCGAGGAAAAUAAAUCAAUCGCUCUAUCCCAAAUCCCAACCCAGCCUUCCACUAGUCAAAAGCGGCCCCUGGAAGGGGAAGCCGAAGACACAGAGUCCUCAAAGCGCCGGGCUGUGUGUAUGGCUAUGCUGUGAACACUGGACUGAACCUGAAGAAAUGUACUUCUUUCACUCUGCUGUCAUCUUCCUUUUCUCUAAAUCUUUUUAUUUUUAAUCAUUUGUAUUUUAAUUAUGGGAAUAAUUGCUUUUCCACAAUCCCUGUUAAUUCAAUUAAAAACCUGAUGGAAUGUGGGCUUUGUGCUUAUGCUUCAACCAACUUUUUGGUUGAAUGCCUUUUAUUUUUUAAAAAAAUUUUUUUUUUUUUUAAAAAAAGUUAGGGGGCGGG